UCUCAAUUUAUUAGUUGGAUAAGGACGAAUAUGCUUUGUAACUCUUUUCUCUUUCACACCCAGCUAGUUAUCUUCCUUCUUUGUUCUAUUAUGUCUCACUAUUUCAUUUGUCUUCUUUACUAAUUAUGGGAACUAUACUGAUCAUCUUGUUAUCCACCAUAAACAUACUCAUCUUUCUCCACUCAUCAACAUCAUCGUCGUCGUCAUCAUCAUCAUCAUCCAUUCUGAUUCCCACAAAGAAAACCUACAUUGUUCACAUGAAACAUCACCUCAAACCUCCAUCAUUCUCCACUCAUCAUCAAUGGUACAAAUCCCAUCUCCAAUCUCUCACUUCCCACGAUAAUUCUCUUCUCUAUACUUACAAGAUCGCUUAUCAUGGCUUCGCAGCAAGUCUGGAACCCUCUGAAGUUGAACUACUCCGUCAAUCUGAUUACGUUAUUAAUGUUUAUGAAGAUACUUUCUACUUCCCACAAACUACCCGUACCCCUGAAUUUCUCGGCCUCGAUAGGAUUAAUUUUUGGGCUGGACAUACUUUACCAGAACUGAACAAUGCUGCUCAAGAUGUUAUUAUUGGGGUAUUUGACAGUGGAAUUUGGCCUGAAUCUGAAAGUUUUAGUGAUGUAGGUAUGUCGAAUGUGCCUUCUAGGUGGAGAGGAAAAUGCCAAUCGGUUCCUGAUUUCGACCCGAAUGUGCAUUGCAAUAGGAAACUUAUAGGUGCUACAUAUUUUGUCGAAGGUUGUAAGCACUGCUCCGCGGAGAUUCAAUCGCCUCGGGACUAUAAUGGCCACGGCACACACACUGCGAGCACAGCUGCAGGAUCAAUUGUGGCAAAUGCUAGCCUUUUCGGCUAUGCUAAAGGAAUUGCUCGAGGUAUGGCACCACAAGCUCGUAUAGCGAGCUAUAAAGUGUGCUGGAAUGAAAUUUGUGCAGGAUCAGAUAUUCUUGCUGCAUUCGACCGUGCAAUUAUGGAUGGUGUUGAUGUAUUGUCUCUGUCAUUGUCUAGUAAUUCGACGACUUAUUACAGCGACGCCGUUGCUCUUGGUGCUUUUGCCGCUGUUGAGAAAGGAAUUCUCGUGUCGUGUUCAGCUGGAAAUGCUGGUCCUUGGGAAUCAACAGUAACAAACACGGCUCCGUGGGUCAUUACUGUUGGUGCUGCAACUCUUGACAGGGAUUUUCCAGCUACUGUUACUCUUGGUAAUGGUCAAAAACUUCAAGGGGUGUCGUUGUACAGUGGAAAAUUAGAAAUGGAAGAUAAGUUGCUGAGCUUAUUUUACCAAAAAGGAGGAAACUUAUCUAGCAAUUUGUGCCUUCGCGGUUCACUUGAUCAAAAAAUGGUUGGUGGAAAAGUAGUGUUGUGUGACAGGGGAGUCAAUUAUAGAGUUGAGAAGGGACUUGUGGUGAAAGAAGCCAAUGGGGUAGGGAUGAUAUUAGCCAAUACACCGGAAUGGGGAGAGGAGUUACUCGCGGAUAGCCACUUAUUACCUGCAGUGGUUGUUGGGAGGAAGGCGGGGGAUGUAAUAAGAGAAUAUGUGAAAACAGAAAAAAAUCCAACCGUUGUUCUCAGCUUUGGAGGAACAGUGUUGAAGGUGAAACCAUCCCCUGUUAUGGCUACAUUUAGCUCAAGAGGUCCAAAUCCAAUUGCUCCCCAGAUAUUAAAGCCUGAUAUUAUUGGCCCUGGUGUGAACAUCUUGGCAGCUUGGCCUGAAACUCUAGGACCAACUUCAUUUGAUGUCGAUAGGCGAAAGACCUCAUUCAACAUCAUGUCUGGCACUUCUAUGUCUUGUCCUCAUGUUACAGGAGUUGCUGCAUUGGUAAAAGCUGUACAUCCGGAAUGGAGUCCAAGUGCGAUCAAAUCAGCAAUCAUGACAACCGCAUACACUCAAGAUAACACCAACUCCUCAUUUCGUGAUUCUGCGGUAGACGGUACAUUUUCCAAUCCGUUGGCUCAUGGAUCAGGCCAUGUGAAUCCUCAAAAAGCACUCUCCCCUGGACUCGUAUACAAUAUUAGGAUUCGGGAUCAUAUCAAGUUCUUGUGCUCUUUGAACUACUCCAUGGAUGAAAUACAAUCAAUUGUAAAAAGACUCAAUUUCACUUGCGCAAACAAGUUUGCGGAUGCUGGGCAAAUCAACUACCCUUCAUUCUGUGUCUUGUUUGGGAUAAAUACAAAGAGGGUUGUUCGUUACACGCGAGAAGUGACCAAUGUUGGAGCUGCAGGGUCAGUGUAUGAAGUAGCCAUCGAUGCACCUUCAUCUGUCGUGGUAUUGGUGAAGCCACAAAAGCUUGUAUUCAAGAAAGUAGGAGAGAAGCUACAUUACACAGUGACAUUUGUGUCCAAGAAAGACGUUAAACCAGGAAAUGCAUUUGGUUGGAUUUCUUGGAACAAUGCUAAACAUGAAGUGAGAAGUCCAGUUACAUAUUCCUGGAUGAUACAUCUCAAUUAGAUUGGUAACAUUAAGAUUUGCCUGUAGGAUGUUCUUCCUAUUAACUGUACAACAACUAGAGAGAUGUGUGCCGUUUAAAUGGAGAUGAAAUAUCUACCAACUUUAUCACA